AUGCACUCUCUCUCCCCGGUAGCAAUCGCGCUGUUCGCGAUCCUCAAGACCGCCGCCGCCCAAGACAACAUCGGGUUCGGGCCUGCCUUCUCCCUGGGACCGACCAACUCAUGGAUCCGCGAGGCGAACACCACCCUCGUCCUCCCCGAGACUCCCGGCCUCAAGGACCGUCUUGCCCUGUGGCCUGGUAUGGGAACUAGCGGGGGAGAUCUGAUCCAGGCUUUGGCUGUCUCGUUUGAGGACCCCAAUGCGAACUGCGGCGCGAGCGAGGGACAGUGGUGUACUUGGGCUAGUACCCUGCAGGGCGAGCAACUCGGUGGCGACCAGGUUCCUGCGAACGCGGGUGAUGAGCUUACCAUGAGCUACGUCUACAACGAGGGUACCGAUGAGUACGACCAGUCCGUCGCAAUUAACGGCGAGGUUGUGUCUACCCUGUCGACGAGCUCCGGAAAGGCUGAGGGUUGGGGCACGGCGGUUGAGUGUCAAGACGACGCCUGCAAGAUCACCGUCGCUGCGCACAAAUACACAUCGACCACGAUUCUUCUCGACGCCGAAGACAACUCCUUCGGCGACACGCUCGGUCUCAACGAAGCGACGUCCAGCGGUCUGACGACGUCCGACAACGGCAAGACCUGGACGGUGGAUACCAUCAACAUCAAUGAGCACACGUAUGAUCUGUAG